AAGGAAUCCUAGUAUAGAUACGAAUCGAAUAAAUAGAUUUUCACCAUAUUCGCAAUUGGUUAAGAACUCGGAGGCGUUCCAAGGACCUAGGGUCUCAAAUUUGUGCGGUGGGACACGUCAUACAUGUUCUACCCUUCUGCCAUCCACAGGUUGUCUCUAAUGGCUGCCAAACCCCAUCAACGCCUCCAUCAAAUUGCAGAGACGACGUUGCAGAGUUCUGCAAAAAGGGUCAGGACAAUAGCCACUGAAUCCUCCAUGAAAGAUGCUUUUGGGAAAUACGCUGAAUUCCUCAAUGAACUUAAUGACAAACGGGAAAGGGUGGUUAAAGCCAGUAGGGAUAUCACGAUGAACAGCAAAAAGGUCAUCUUUCAAGUGCAUAGAAUUAGUAAAUAUAACAGAGAGGAAGUUCUAGAGAAGGCAGAAAAGGAUUUAGCGGCAGUGACAAAUCAGUAUUUGGCUCGACUAGUAAAAGAACUGCAGGGGACAGAUUUUUGGAAGCUGAGACGAGCAUACUCACCUGGGGUACAAGAAUACGUUGAAGCUGCAACACUCUGUAAAUUCUGCAGAACUGGGACUCUUCUGCAUCUUGAUGACAUAAACACCACUUUGUUACCACUCAGUGAUCCGUCUCUUGAACCUUUGCAGAUUAAUAUCCUUGACUAUCUCUUGGGGCUUGCGGAUUUGACAGGAGAGCUGAUGAGGUUAGCCAUUGGUCGAAUAUCAGAUGGUGAACUUGAAUAUGCUGAGAAGAUAUGCAGCUUUGUACGUGAUAUCUAUAGGGAGCUCAUCCUUCUUGUCCCUCAUAUGGAUGAGAGUUCUGAGAUGAAGACGAAGAUGGAUACGAUGCUUCAAAGUGUGGUGAAAAUAGAGAAUGCUUGCUUCGGUGUCCAUGUGAGAGGAUCCGAGUAUAUACCAUUGCUUGGAUCCAGUGAUCCAAAUUACUCAUUGUUAGGGAUGUCAAGCAUUGAUCUAUAGUGACUCUCAUUUUUAAAACGUCAGUUCGAAGUUUGCAUGCCGGCCUACCUAUUGCAAUGAUCUAAUACUUCACAGAACCCAGAUGUCUGAGAGUACCAUGGGCUGCGGCCAUGCGAUAUGCCUGAUGAUUUUUUCUUCGAUCAGUGUUCAUAUUUCUUUGUCCUUUAAAACGUUUUUUUACCAUGUGCUUUUUGAAAGCAAUGGAGAAUCUUUAAUGGGUUUUUAUCGUUUAGUGCAACUUUUCCUUGGAAAAUUAUUUAGCUCUAGUUGAGUGCGACUUUUUCAACUAAAUGCAUCAACAGUGAGUCAAUAAUUGUUGCCAAAAUAAUUUUAUGAUAUUUGGUCCUCACACAAGUUUAACCCCUCGUCUCUCAUCGUUUCUCUUUAUAAAAGCAAGCUACAUCUUUUCUCUUGCA